UCGCCGCGCUCGUCUGCUGUGCGAAGAAUCAGACAGCUCGCUCACUAGAAGGAAGUGCAUCUGAAGUGCCUCUGGCUUUAUUUUGAUGCACAAGAGCACUCAUCUCUUCGGAUAAAAUAACGUAAUCCCCGACAUCAGCACAGAGGGGUCUCGCCCGGUUGUAUGCAUCUCCCCCCGAGCGGUAGAGGCUGUUUUCACCGGAGCAGCGUGGGUUAAGGUGGGCCUUGCCCGGAUAUCUGUCUGACAAGCGAACCAAAACCGAUCCGGAACCCGCCUGAAGAUAACCAGCACACUCAGUCCUCCAGAGAGCACACUUGGAGCCCGUUUGGACUAUUAACACUCACACACACUAGCCAGAUGGCAGAUAACCUGAGCGAAGCCCUGAAGACGCUGAAGCUCUCGUCGGCAGACGGCGCUUCAGACAGUGUCGAGGGCUGCUUGGACUGCCUGCUCAAAGCUUUGGUCCACAAUAAUGUUGAGACCAGUGAAAAGAUCCAGGAGAUGGGUGUUCUUGCCAUGUUGCCUGCACUUCUGUCUGCGCAGAACUCAUGCACACCAAAAGUAGCCAACAUCAUCGCAGAGGUGGCCAAAAAUGAAUUAAUGAGGAGCCUGUGUGUGGAAGCAGGACUCAUUCCUCCCCUGGUUCAGCUGCUAAACUCUAAGGACCAGGAAAUACUGCUCCAGACGGGACGAGCCCUCGGCAACAUCUGCUACGACAGCCAUGAGGGCAGAAGUGCAGUUGACGCAGCGGGCGGUGCUCAGAUAGUUGCCGAGCACAUUAAGUCUCUGGCCGAAAGCACUGACCCGGCCACCGGGAAGCUCUUGACUGUCUUUUGUGGCAUGCUGAUGAACUAUAGCAAUGAUAAUGACUCGCUGCAGGCUCAGCUGAUCAGCAUGGGUGUGAUCCCAACACUGGUCAGACUGCUGGGAGUUCAUUCUCAAAACACAGCGCUCACCGAGAUGUGCCUCAUUGCCUUUGGCAACCUGGCAGAGCUUG